AUGCCCACUUCCUUAACACAUUCCUCAUCUUCCCCUACAAAAUAUCACAAGCUCGUCGGUCGUCGCUCGCUUCCUCAUUUCACGUCCAAAUAUUUUGAUCGUUUCGAGCGACUACUUCUUGUUUCCGCGAGUAGUCACUUUAAACUUACCGCGAACGCGUGGUAUCGAACUCACGGUUAUCAACCACCUCUCGACAUUUGGUUAGUUUUUUUGUGGACCAUUAUAAUUACUCUUACCACCGGAUACUUUGGCUUUUCCCUCAAGUUUAUAGUGGAAAACGAAAAGUAUAAUCACGAGCAAGCCCCCUUGAAUGAAGAUGGCGCGACAUCCGACGCGCAGAGAUGGAAACUAACAUGGGGUAUCCUGGGGUUUCUGGCUAUUUCUGUGGUGGUCCUCACUGGUGUAAAAGUUUCAUUGACCGAUACGACGGACAAAAGAGUGGCGAGGGAAGACACGGAGAGAAACGUGGCCUACGUGAGAACAAAAGGGAUACCAGUUGUCGUGGAUGGAGAUGGGGAACAAGACAUU